AUUAUUUUUAUUGUUAUUUGUAAUAACUUUGUGAAUGUGAACAAAAUGUACACAAACGAAAUGAUGAAUCACAUCGAUCAGUAUUUGCGGCGCAUUAUCGAGCUGCAGAUACGCGACGUGGUGAGAAAAGCCAAAGACAAAGAAAGCGUUAAAUCGAUUUUGGGUCGCCACACAAAAAUCUUGGUCAAGUAUAUGGUCAAAUUGGAAACGAAAGGCGAUAAAACGGAGAAUCGUGUCUUGGUUUUUACGCCCGUUCGCAUUUAUUUGCUCAGCGCCAAGGUGCCCACAAAGAUCGAAUGCCAUUUCCAUUAUUUGGACAUUGUUGGCGUCGAGAGCAAAAAGUCAACACAUUUCUCGAUUGUGACCAACGAUCGGCCAUAUUCGUUUGUCACAACCGGCGAUGCGGGCAAUUUCAGCGCGAGCGCUGAUGUCAUUCUAACCGAUUUAGCCUCGGCCAUUAAGCAAAUAUUUCCAACAGUUCCUCUCAAAUACAUCAUUAAAAAGAUCGACAUACAACCACCGGAGCGAGAGACAAUAUUCUCGGAGGAAUUUCGUCCCGCGGAUCCGCGCAAUAUUGGUCCCUGCGGCGGUUUCAGUGCCCAAUAUGCCUGCAUGUGCGAUUUUCAUGGUGUCCCGUAUCGCGAGGAGGUCGCCUGGGAUGUGGACACCAUUUACUUGUCCCACGACACACGACUGCUCAACCUGCGCGAUUUCGAUCAUCUGGAGCCCAAAGACUUGAUGGCCAUUGUUUCGGCUCUGGAAUAUAAUACGUUUUUUCGUGGCCUAAAGGCGGCGCACAUGCGCCUCUCACACGAGACGCUGGAACGCAUUCUGCACGUGCUCAAGCGCUCCAUGUGGCUAGAGGAGCUGCAUCUGGAGUCCUUAGGUUUAAGAUGGGAUUUCUUGAAUAAGCUUUCGAUAUCUGUGAUUACCAACAGCAGUCCAGCGAUACGAACCAUCGAUUUGAGUCACAAUCUAAUCGAGGAUAAAGGCGCCAUACAUCUGGCUGGGCCCAUAGCCAAGGUAUCGAAGGGUCUGUGCAAGUUGGCGCUCUCCCAUUGCGGCCUGACUUCGAAGGGCGUUAAUCAGAUGUCGCACUCGCUGACGCUCAAUCAAAGUAUUCCCAACUCGCUCACCUAUCUGGAUCUGAGCGGCAACAGUCUCAAGGAUGACAUAACCAAUCUGCACAACUUUCUGGCUCAACCCAAUGUGCUGGAGCAUCUGGAUCUGGCAUCGACUGAUAUUACGCUGGAAAAUCUGUUUGGAGCUCUGUUGCGCGGCUGUGCCACGCAUUUGUCGCAUUUGAAUGUCUCGCACAACUCGUUCAGCACGAAGAAGGGCAAGGAGAUCCCGCCCUCGUUCAAGCAGUUCUUUACCAGCACGCUGAGCCUGAAGCAUCUCAACAUAGCCGGGUGCAAGCUGCCAAUGGAGGCGCUUAAGAACCUAUUGCUGGGCCUGGCCUGCAAUGAGUCGACGGCGGGUCUGCAUCUCGAUCUCAGCGGCAAUACGCUGGGCACCCAAGGCGCCCAUGUGCUCGAGUCCUGCAUACACGGCGUACGCGUGCUCCAGAGCCUGGACAUCAGCGACAAUAAUCUGGAUGCCGAACUGGCGUCCGUGCUGACGGCCAUCUCGAAGAAUCCCUCAAUACGCACGCUGCAUCUGAUGCGCAACUUGACGGGCAUGAAGCCCAAGCAUGUGCCCACAGUCAUGGAUGCACUGGUCAAUCUAAUACAGAAGGACGAUUUCCCGCUGGUGGAGCUGGUGCUGUCGGAGAACAAGCUGAAGCACGAUCUGCACGACUUCAUCAAUGCGCUGGGCAGCAAUCAGAGCCUCCAAAAGCUGGACAUCAGUGGCAACUACAUGGGCGAUGUCGGCGCCCGGCUGCUGGCCAAGGCGCUUCAGAUCAACAAUCGACUGCGCACCAUCUACUUGGACAAGAAUAGCGUCACGCUGCAGGGCUAUGCGGAUAUCGUGUACGCGCUGGAGCACAAUCACAGCAUGCGCACAAUACCCUUCCCAGUGUUCGAUAUAGCGCCGCAUCUGAAAAACCAUCCGGAUAAGACGGAUGCGGUUAUGCGCAAAAUGCAGGAGCUGCUGCAGCGCAACUGCAACGGGCUGAAGCGUGCGAAUGGCCAGGGCUUUAGGCUGCAGCAUGGCUUUAUGCUCUCCUCCACCCACCAGCUGGUGGAUAAGCUGGUGGCCGAGACACAGGACACCAUAUCCAUAGCCAAGGGCGGCGGCGAUAAUGUGUCCGCCGUGCAGCGUCUCAUCAGCGAUGCGGAAAACUGCAAACAGCUGAUGCCCAAGCUGCAGGAGGCCGUGCGCAACGACGCGCAUCCCAUCGAGACGAAGCUGACGCGCGUGGCCAGCGAGCUGAGCUACACGAUCCGCAGCUAUCUGGAGGAGACGCUCGAGACGAUGAUACGCACCGGCAUCGAGCAGUGCCCCAAAACGCUGGGCAAUCAAAUUGUUAUCCAAGAUCUGCGCAAGGCGCUCAACGAGCGUCUCCAAAUACCCGAAGAUUUCCUUCAAAACUGUUUGCUCAACAAUGCCGGCAGCGAGAUAAUGAAUAAAGUUGGUGAGAUAGAGCAGUCGCUGGCUGCGGCCAUAUCGGAUCGUGCCACAGACGAGGUGCUCGAGGCGCUAACACGCUAUCGUCGCGGUCUGGGCAUAUCGGAGUCGCCAUCGGUGCUACUGGACGAGCCUCAGACGCCGGACAUUGUCCGCAGUCGUUCCAGUCAUGAAGCUGAAGGCUUAAUCAUACGACCCGGCGGACGUGGCUCGGUUUUGCCCAAACUGGGCCUGGAAUCGCCCACUAAAUUGGAAUAUCUGAACCUUGCCACGCCCCAUUUGCCGACGAAGCGUCGCUCGGUUGCCCGCAAGGUGCGUCCCCAGUCCGUGGUUGAGAAUCUCAGCCUGAGCCACAUACCCGAUCUGCUGGAGUCGCCCUCGUCGCAUCGCUCCAGCUCGCAGCUGGCGGCGCGUGGCGUUGCCGCCGCCGCCGCCGCCGCUGCUGCAGCUGGUGGCGCCUCGGCUGCCAGCCAGAUGAUGAGCGACAGCAAUGCGGCCAUGGACGAUGGCAACGUGGACGAGUGCUGUGAUUCCAUCACGGAGCUGCCCAGCGCCUCGUUUCAGCUGCAGCAUCUGGUCAAGGGUCGGCCCAAGCGGGCCAAGACGCGCGCCCCAACUCGGCCGUUGGUCAAUGCUGAAUGCGCCGCCGGCGCAGUCCGGGAUAUUGGCGAUGGGCUGGAGCACUUUUUCAGGCCCGGCUCGGUCACGCCCACCACGCUGACACCGCUGGUAUCGCCCACAUCCGAGGAGUGCAGCUCGCUGUCGUUUGUGGACAGCCCGACGAUGAGUCGGGACGGCAACGGGCACAUGACCUCCGAGGAGACAACGCCCAUCAUGGAGGAGCGACGCCCCAUCAAGCUGGAACGCCAGUCGCCAUUGCUCAAGAGCGCCUCGUGGGCCACGCGUUCGCGCUCCACGGACAAUCUGGAGAAGUAUUCCCCGCUGGUGGGUCGCAAAUCGCCGCUGGUCAAAAUGCGCACGGAGGGCGGCCCCGGCAAUGAGGAGGCAGCAGCUGCCAUAGUCACGCCCAGCGCUGCGCUGCUCAAGCCGGGCACGCGCGAUGAGAAGAUGCGCUCGCCCAGCAGCGACUCGAUCUCGAUCAAGAGCCAUGCGACAGGCGGCGCCAGCAGCACAGUCGCCGUCGGCAACGAUGGCAGCCUUUUAGUCAAGACGGGCAAUGGCAUCCUGCGCACACCCAUUGCCCUGCAGAAACCGCGCCCCUGGUCCGUGGUGGGCAGCGAGCCGAAGGCGAACAACGAUCUGGUCACGGGCAACGGCAGCAUCGACUCCACCAAAACAACGCCCGAUACCCUGGAGGAAGAUAUAGAAGUCCUUCCCUUUGGCCCAGGCAUUGGCGGCUCCAUUGUGGGCAUAGCGCCAGGCGCCGCGCUGGAGAAGAAAUCGGUGCGGGAGCUGGCCGCAGGACUCAGUCGUUUGGAACUGCCCCUCAAGCCGCCCGUAAUGCCCAGAACCAUGUUGAGCACAGCCAGUCGCACGAGCACCGCCAGCAAUGGCAGCACCAGCAGCAACAAUUCUUUGAGCACAACAACGACGACAACAACAACCACAGUAUUAAACAAUCAGACGCGCUCCAAGAUCACCAGCACGAGCAGCACCAACAGUGCGACGCAGGAGACGCUCAGCAAAACCAUCAUCACGGAGCACGGGAGCAGCAGCAAGAGCCAGAGCCAGAGCAAGAGCACGGAUCAUGCCAUAGCCUGUGCCAGUCUGAUCAGCAACGAGAUCCUCAGCAUGCGCAAUGGACAGCUGGCGACGAAGGCGACCAGCUGCGCGGAGAGCAAUGUGAAGCGCAUCGCUGGCAAGGAGAUCUCAACGCUAUUCGAGGAGACAUUAGUUGAAGGCCUGCAGCGCACCUCGACAGGACGCACCUUUAGAGAUUCGCCCUAUACGAAGGAGGAUGUCGUUGAUUUAUAAAAUGUCUAUUAUAUAUGCUAUAUAAAUGCUCAACUCAACAUUCCUCCACCGCCCCCCAAAAACAGUCCCCAAGCACUCGACUUCAAGUUAUGAUAAUGUUUAUGAUAAUAACGACGAUUAUGAUAAUGCUAAUGAUAAUGAUAAUGAGCAAAGGUUGCAACUAAUUCGUACUGAACAAUUUUUAAUUUAUGUGCAAUGGCGCGAGUGUGUAAUGUGUGUGUAUUGUUUUUAAAAUCUUUGGCAAUUUUUUAAAUGAACGUGAUUUAUUUAUUUCUACUUUUUAACCCAAAUAACUUUUGCAUAUUUAUAAACAAAACAAAACAAAACAAAACAAAAAAAUGGGCUAAAAAACCAACGUUUUUAUGUACUAUAUUUUUAUGUAUUUUAAAUGAGUUAAGUGCCAAUUAUAUACAACAAACAACAAAUCUAUUUUUCAAUUUAUCUAUUGAAAACUGAAAAAAAAAAUGUAAACCUAAAUAAAUACGAAGAAACUAACGAAGGAAACGCAAUGAAUAUUAUGAUAUAUGUAUAUGUAAAUCAUUUGCGUGCAUUAAACUAAUUUAAAGGCCUAAACAAAUUAAAUAAACAAACUUUAAUGAAA